AUGACACAAAAUAGCGCAGGUUCCAGCAAAGCAGAAGAUGUUCUACAGAAAGCUGCAGUACUUCCUGGUGGAGACAACAAAGCCAGGGGCACCAUCAUCAUAAAACCACCGAACCCUGUCGAUCCAGAUGUGGUUCUGCAAGAAGGAGCUUCCGAAGAAGAGAAAGCAGCAUGGGAGCGAUUCUUCGCGGAACUCGAGAUCUGGCGACAGAAGAGAUAUGAGCGGACUGUCGACUGGUUUCGGAGAGACUUUCCUGGCCAGGAGCCUCCUCCACGAGAAGACAAAAAUUGGGCAAGAAGUAUUGUUAUGAACCACCCUACAGGCAUACUGACAGGCACCGGACCACCCCUUCCCCCCGGCUUUCCUCCUGGACCGACCAAAGAAGAGAUCAGGGAGAGGCAAAGACAAGAGCAGCCAUAG